CUUCACAUUUUAUAUUAAUGGCAGGCAUGGCAAUGCGAGUGGCGGUGUUGUCUUUGGCUCUGCUUUGCAUGCUCAUUGGCGUUGUCCAUGCGCAGCUCUCCUUCAACUUCUACAAUUCCUCCUGCCCAAAUGUCGAACAAAUCGUUCGCCAAGCCGUAAGCUUAAAGAUUAACCAAACAUUCGUUACCAUUCCAGCAACUCUUAGGCUUUUCUUCCAUGACUGCUUUGUUCAGGGAUGUGAUGCUUCGGUUAUGAUAGCGUCCGCAAGUGGUGAUGCUGAAAAAGACUCAGAGGACAACUUGUCGUUGGCAGGAGAUGGGUUUGAUACUGUGAUUAAGGCGAAGCAGGCUGUGGAAGCUCAAUGUCCUGGAAAAGUAUCGUGUGCAGAUAUUUUGGCCAUUGCUGCAAGGGAUGUCGUGGUUUUGGCGGGAGGACAAAAUUUUGCUGUGGAAUUAGGACGACGAGAUGGGCUAAUCUCAAAAGCCUCAUUGGUAGCUGGAAACUUACCGGGACCAAACUUCAACCUAAGCCAACUAAACACAAUGUUUGCCAAAAAUAACCUAACCCAAACCAACAUGAUCGCAUUAUCAGGAGCCCACACGGUUGGGUUCUCACACUGCAGCCGUUUCGCGAACCGUCUCUACAACUUCUCAGCCACUUCCAAAGUAGACCCUUCUCUGGAUCCGAAGUACGCCAAGCAGCUCAUGGGCGCAUGCCCACAAGACGUGGACCCUAGAAUCGCUGUGAACAUGGACCCAGUAACCCCAAGGAAAAUGGACAACGUGUAUUACCAAAAUCUUGUGAACCAUAAGGGGCUUUUCACGUCGGACCAAGUGCUGUAUACGGAUCCAUUGUCGCAAGCCACCGUGAGUGGGUUUGCGAAUGAUCGCAGUGGGUUCAAUAAUGCGUUUGGAGAGGCUAUGGUUCAGCUUGGGAGAGUGGGGGUUAAGACGGGGGCUGCGGGUGAGAUUAGAAAAGAUUGUACUGCCUUUAAUUAAUAUAUGCUUCAUAGGUUCAUAUCUUUUCUAUUUCUCAACUAUUAUGUGUGUAUUACUUACUUGGAGGUUGUAAUUUCUCUACAACCAAACCUCAAGUAUUGUCAAGGAAGGCUUAUUGAAUUACAUGAGUGAUUUUUCAAAAAAUAA